AUGACGAAAAACGCUUCAGCAAAACAUAAAGCGGAAAAGCAACAAGAAGAUGAUCCAGUGACGGACGAACAAACAAAACAAGUGCUUAAAUAUAGUAAUAGUUGGAAGAAGCAUUUUCCCGUUACUACUGUUUUCAUCUUAAUUAUUCUACAAGCAAUACUAACUGUACUGAUCUUCUUCUUGGAAAUUGGCAGUCUUAGGGCAUCAAGACUUCCAGAAUUUGGCUCAACCGGUUCUGGAGUAUGGUGUUCAAUUGUGUUUUUAGUUGUUGUCCUCAUGACCACUUUCCUAAUCUUGCCUCCAAACCGUUCUAGAGCAUGGUCAAGUUACGUUCUGAUUGCACAAAUUGUAUUAGUUAUAUUUUCGGUAAUCGUAACUGCACUUGAUGGAUAUUUUAUUGAUCAGUGCCCACUUGUAUCUCAUAUCAUACAGUACGAAUUUCAACAAGAGCCAACAUCAACAGUAAACAUAAAUUUAAUAGAACAUGAUUUUACCGAAUUUGUUCAAUUAGAAAUUAAAAAAUAUACUCAUCGAAAACAAGAGAAUAUUAUUCAAACAACAAAUGUUGUCAAAGCAGAAUUAAUACGAAAAAUGUUAAAAGGAUUAUAA